AUGUUCAACGAUAUCACGAAGCCUCCGCUCCCGCUGCCGACCACGCAGCUAACCGAGCUCGAGCCGGGCCUUUCAAUUGUGCUACCCCUCUCACGCCGAGGUAAUGGACCAGGUCUCAUUAUUCUUGUUCCGGAUACAGACCAGUCUCUAGCGAUUGUCGAUGGUGUUCCAUCCCAAUUGAUCAAAUGGGCUGAAGAAGGAUAUACCGUGGUCGAGAUCCAGAGGCGGACCCUGUUAUCUGGCGCGCGAGAAGCGCUCACAAAGGCAGCUCAAGCGCUGGAAGACUGCGAGAAAUGUGAUCCGAAAGAUAAAGUUGGCUUGAUAGCUUACGAUCCUGAGCUAUGGAACUACGUGGCCCCCGCCUUAUCGUCGGUUCCGACGGUUCUUGGAGGAGUCGUCUAUAGCCAUGUAUCUGACAGCUCGAGCUUGGAACCUACGGCCAUUCCAGUCCUUCGGCACCUGGCUGGACAGAAGCCAGCAGCGGCAGAACAGCAGGAUCUCGUGAAAAGCUUCUAUUAUCCCAACUCCAAGUCGCAUCUCUUUGCAAGCCCUUUCCAGGAGUCUUUUGAUUAUUGGGCAGAGUCCAUCUCCCAUACUCGCACUUUACAGUUUCUCAAGCCUAUUAUGAAUGGGCCAUACUUUGAUCUUGAGACGAUCUGGGAAGAGCAUACUUACUACGAAUUUGCCGAUCGUUCGGUCGAGCACACAGUGAGCACGAUGGUAGACCAGCCAUACGUGAACCACGUUCCAACGGUUGGUGACUCAACCCACGCAGCCCUAACCGGUGGUAUUGGACGUGAACCCCUGGCAAACUUCUAUCGGCACAGUUUCAUCUUUAGCAACUCGGAUGACACCGAUCUGGAGCUUAUUAGCCGCACUCUGGGGAUCGACAGGGUAGUCGACGAGUUUAUUUUCAAAUUCACCCACGACAAGCAACUCGACUGGCUGCUCCCCGGAGUUCCUCCAACACACAAACACGUGGAAGUCCCAUUCACAGCCGUUGUGAACAUUCGAGGGGACAGAUUAUAUCAUGAGCAUAUCUCCUGGGAUCAAGGGUCGGUGCUGAGACAAGUUGGAUUGAUGCCAGAGUAUUUACCAUACCCAUAUGCUUUACCAGAUGGCAGCACACCAGCCCCAGGCAAGCAAUUUGAGUAUCGCGUCCCGGUGGCUGGGAUUGAGUCGGCCGAGAAAAUGAGGGAUAGGAACUCGGUUGCAUCCAACCAAAUGUUUCAAUACCGUCUUCGUGAAGUUUCAGAGUGA